GCCGGGGCCGGGCCCGGGGGGCUCCGGGGGGCCCGGGGGGCUCCUCGGCUUCGGGCCCGGCCCCGCCGCCGCCUAUUUCCCCGAGGAGCGCUGGAACCCCGAGUCGCCGCUGCGACCGCCGCGCGUGGCCGUGGCGCUGCUGGCGCGGAACGCGGCCCACGCGCUGCCCCUCGUGCUGGGGGGGCUCGAGAGGCUGCGGCACCCCAAGGACAGGAUGGCGCUCUGGGUGGCCGUGGAUCACAGCGUGGACAACACGUCGGCCCUGCUGCGGGAGUGGCUGGGUCGGGUCCGGGGGCUCUACCACCGGGUGGAGUGGAGGCACCAGGAGGAGCCACGGUCGUACCCUGAUGAGGAGGGUCCCAAACACUGGAGCCCCUCCCGCUACGAGCACGUGAUGAGGUUGCGCCAGGAGGCCCUCGAGGCUGCCCGGGCCAUGUGGGCCGACUACCUGCUGUUCCUGGAUGCCGACAACGUGCUGACGAACCCAGACACGCUGGGGCUGCUGAUGGCCGAGAACAGAACCGUGGUGGCCCCGAUGCUCGACUCCCGCGCCGCCUACUCCAACUUCUGGUGCGGGAUGACCCCCCAGGGUUAUUACCGCCGCACCCCCGCGUACCUGCCCCUGCGCCGGCGGGAGCGCCGCGGCUGCUUCGCGGUGCCGAUGGUGCACUCGACGUUCCUGCUGGAUCUGCGCCGGGAGCGCUCGGGGGGUCUCGCCUUCCACCCGCCCCCCCCCGGCUACAGCGGCGCCUUCGACGACAUCAUCGUGUUCGCCUUCGCCUGCCGGCACGCGGGGGUCCAGAUGUUCGUCAGUAACCGGGAGGUGUUCGGGUUCCUGCCGGUCCCGCUGCGCUCCCACAGCUCCCUGCGAGACGAGGCCGACAACUUCCUGCACGUCCAGCUGGAGAUCAUGGUGAAGCUCCCUCCGGCCGAGCCCUCCCCCCAUGUGUGGGUGCCCCCCAAGGUCCCUGACAAGAUGGGCUUUGAUGAGGUGUUCCUGAUCAACCUGCAGCGCCGCUCCGACCGCCGGGCGCGGAUGCUCCGGACGCUCCAGGAGCAGGGAAUUUCCUGCAAACUGGUGGAGGCCGUGGACGGUCGGGCCCUGAACAGCAGCGAGGUGGAGGCGCUGGGGAUCCGGAUGCUCCCGGGAUACCGGGACCCCUUCCACGGGCGGCCCCUCACCCGGGGGGAGGUGGGCUGCUUCCUCAGCCACUUCCGCGUCUGGCAGGAGAUCUCGGCGCGGGGGCUGCGCAAGUCCUUGGUGUUCGAGGACGAUUUGCGCUUCGAGAUCUUCUUCCGCCGGCGCCUCACGGAGCUCAUGGAGGAGCUGGAGGAGGCCGGGACGCCCUGGGACCUCAUUUACCUGGGCCGGAAGCGGCUGCACCCGGAGCGCCCGGAGCGCCCCGUUCCCGGUGUCCGGAACCUGGUGGAGGCGGGAUAUUCCUACUGGACGCUGGGAUAUGCCCUGUCCCUGAGCGGGGCCAGGAAGCUGCUGGAGGCAGAACCCCUGGGAAAGAUGAUCCCGGUGGAUGAAUUCCUGCCCAUCAUGUUCGACCGGCACCCACUCUCUGACUAUUCCCGGCACUUCUCCCGCCGGGAUCUCGUGGCCUUUUCCGCGGAGCCGCUGCUGCUCUUCCCGACGCACUACACGGGGGACGCGGGAUACGUGAGCGACACCGAGACCCCCACGCUCUGGGACGAGUCGCCCUGGCCCGGGGGGGUCACGAUCCCGCGGGAAUCCCGGAACUCCGACCUGCUCCGGGACAGCCCCGCCCGCGAUGAGCUCUGAGACUCUUUCAGGAAUUCCCAGAAUUCCAAGGGACACCCGAGACCAACCCCCCCUCCCCGGGGCUGGGAGGGGGAGCAGAUCCUGCAGGAAUCCUGGGAUUCUGACCCGAUCCGGGACAGUCCCGCUCCAGGAUGAGUGCUGAGGUCCCGGGAAUGCCGGGAAUUCCAGGGCUCUGGACACCCCCAGUAAAUUUUAUUUUUAUUUUUAUUUCU